AUGGAUUCUGGUGGCGACGAGUUCCCUCUUCAACCUCUUUUUCUCUGUCCUACUGCACGUAUCAACUUUCUGAAAUCCAAACUAAAGAAGGACGACGACUAUUACACUAAUUAUCAUCCAUUUCAUUCUUCUCCACACUUCCCCAACACAAGAAGCGGUGAUCAGGAAGGCGAAUCUUUGCUUGAUUGCAACGACGUUGGUAUCUGUAAGCUCCCUCUAAUCCCUCUCUUUUGGUGCAGCAAUAAAAAUUCUGAUGACAAUGAAGAAUUUUUAAGUGUGGUGCAUGCUCUCGGUCAAUGCUCAGCACAAUCUAUUAUGCAUGUCUAG